AAUUCCCCUUUCCACGACUUCAAGAUGGCUUCCCUCUACUCAUAAACAACUUUUUAAAGUUUUAAAUUAAAAUAAGGACAUUUUCUGAGUCUCCCUUGUCCUAUAAUUGGUGUAGGUGUGUGGUUCAUAACUUCAAAUCUGUUACCAUGGCGUCACAAGUAUGCAAUUUAUGUGGAGAGACGGUGAUUGGCAAUAUGCAGGUCCAUUUGAUGUCAAAGUGUCAGGGAGGGGACAGGAACAGUGAAGAUGAAGGUUCUUCUUCUCUUUCUCCCCCUCCCUCUCUCUCCUCUUCAAAAACUGUCAAUGUCAGGUUUCUCUUCAAACCACUGACUAACCUCAGCUUCAAGACAGUGACACUAUUGAGCUCCUUCAGUAUUGAUCUAAUAUCCAAUGGGAUGACCUAUACUUCAGACUACACUCAACUACCAGUCGGUGAUUAUGAUGGCCAGCUGAUCAUUGGGUCCAGUGUCUGCUAUGCAGUGAAGAAGUUUGUGAUUGAUACUAGCGGAGAGACGAUACCACUGGAACUGGACCUCAAACAAAUGGACACUGAUGAGA